AAUCAAUUUUAUUUGUGUUUUGUUAUUACGUCCUAUUAAUAUUUCUGUCGACAGUUAAAAAUUAUUGUAAUUUUUACGUGCACACACCGAGAACAGUGAUUGAACGAGUUGGUCGUGUUUUAUUGCCUUCAUUUUUAAUAUUUGAAGAAAUUGAUAUAACAUUGUUUUAAUAAUUGUAUUGCAGCAGUUCCACAAAAGCGUUCAGGAUGGCUACUUUGCCUUCCCCAAAUGAAGUAGCUGGAAGUCACUUCCCAAUUUAUGAAGCACUUUAUAAUAUGGUAGAUCCUACAAAUAAAGGCAAUAUUGGAGCGAUGGAUGCAGCAAACUUCCUUAAAAAGUCUGGACUAUCACAAAUUAUACUUAGUCAAAUUUGGGAUUUAUCAGACCCAACUGCCAAAGGUUUCUUAACCAAACAAGGAUUUUUUGUGGCACUUAAAUUGAUAGCAUUAGCACAAGCUGGACGAGAAAUAUCAAUGUUAAACAUCACUCAACAAACCACACCACCUAACAUGGGCGAAGCAUCAAAACACAUAGCAAGCAAUGUUUUAACAGCAGGAUUAGUUACUGCUGUUACUAAUAUGAAUGACUGGUCAAUGAAGCCUUCAGAGAGAAUGAACUACGAUAAAAUGUUUGAAUCAUUAAGACCAACCAAUGGAACAGUUGCUGGAGAUAAAGUUAAAGGACUGCUUAUUGAUUCUAAACUAUCAGUUGAUACUUUGGGCAAAAUUUGGGAUUUGGCUGAUAUGGAUAAAGAUGGAAAAUUAGAUCAACAUGAGUUUGCUGUUGCAAUGCAUUUAGUUUAUAAAGCGUUAGAAAAAUAUGCUAUUCCUAGCAUUUUACCUACUGAGUUAUUACCGCCAGCAAAAAGAAAAGGAACUACCGUGGCUAAUUCACCUGUACCUAUAUUACCAGUGCUUUCUUCUGGCGCAACUUCAAAUCUAGUCAAACAACCACCCAAAAGACCAGUUACUCCAUCUAUAGGUUUAGUGUCAUUACCAGCUACAUGGGUAGUUACUGCAGAAGAAAAAGCCCGUUACGAUUCUAUGUUUUUGGAGUCUGAUAUUGAUAUGGAUGGUUUUGUCUCUGGACCAGAAAUCAAAGAUAGGUUUCUUAAAACUGGUAUCCAUCAAUCUAUAUUAGCACAUAUAUGGAGUCUUUGUGAUAUUAAUCAACACGGCAAAUUGGAUAUGGAGCAGUUUAGUCUUGCAAUGUGGUUAGUUGAACGUAAACUCAAAGGAAUUGAUCCACCAAAUACACUUUCUCCUGAAAUGGUACCUCCAAGCAGUAGAACUGUUACUCCGUCAAAUUCUGUUCAAAUUCUAGAAAAGCCCCCAAUGUAUACAAAUCCUGAGCUGGAUAUGAUUCAAAAAGAUAUUGAUGAACUAGUCAAAGAAAGACUUAUUCUGGAAACAGAAAUUGCUCAAAAAGAAGCUGAUUUGAAAAUACGUUCUGGUGAAGUCAAAAGUUUACAGGGAGAACUAGACACCUUAUCUGCUACCCUAAAACAGUUAGAAAAUCAAAAAGGUGAAGCUCAAAAAAGACUGAAUGAUCUCAAAAACCAGACUCUGUUGGUAGAGAAUGAAAUAAUCAACACCAAUCAGAAAAUUAAGGCUGAACAAAUACAGGUAGACAAUCUUCGCAGACAAGCUGAUGAGCAAGAACUUACAUUAAAAGCGCAAGAAGCUGAUCUUUCUUCUAAAAAACAAGAGCUUGAAGAACUAAAAACUUUGGAACAUAAACUUGAAAAAGAUCAAGCUGAAAUGGGUAAAAGAUUGGAAGAACUAAAUAACAUGUUGCAAAAUUCACAACUACAAAUAAGUCAGUUCAAGAAUAAAGUAAAUCAAUUAGAAGAGAAUAAGCGCCAAAUGGAAAAUACAAUUGAGUCAACUGAAAAAGCGUUAGCUGAAGGAAAUAUUUAUGCCAUUCCAGAUUCUUUAUUAACAUUUAAUUUAGAAUUCAGGGAUCUUGAAUGUAGUAGACUUUUGGGAAAAAUUGUUGAUAAUAAAAAUUCUUUUGAAAAUGUAAACGGUUUUACUCCAACAAGCGGGCCAAGUGGAUCACGCGAUGAAAAUUCAUUUAAAACAGAUUUCUUCACAAAUAAUGAUGCAUUUUCCACGAACAAUAAAGCGGAAACUUUUUCAAAUGAUCCAUUUACUUCAUUUGAUGAUUCCAGAACUAGAAGUCAAAGUACUGAUCCAUUUGGUGGUGAGACAAAUGUAUCUAAAUCGUCUGAUAGACACGAAGAUAAAGACGAGUUUGGUUGUGAUCCUUUUGCCAUACUACAUGCCCCAACAAGACCAAGUUCAGCACCACCUCCACAGCGACCUGAAAGUCCCACCCCAGCACUUCCACCUAAGAAAGGAAAACAACCACCACCAAGACCUGCUCCGCCAAGGCCAGCACCAUAUCAUGCCCCAACAUCUCUCAACAGUUCUUCAACAAGUUCAGAGUUUGCUGAUUUUGCAAAUUUUAGCAACAAGUUUUCACAGAGUAAUACCAAGACAGAGCCAAAAGCAGUUUCGCAGUCACACAGUUUUGAAUUUACUGAAGACCCAUUCAAGGACUAUAGAUAUGAAGAUCCAUUUAAAAUUGAUCCUUUCUCAGAUGCAGGAUUUGAAACAGAUCCCUUUGGCGAUGGUGCAUUUUCUUCUGACGAAUCCCAAAAAGUUAAUUUUAGUGAUGAACAACUUGCAUGGGAAGCCCAAAAAAAAUUUCGAAUGGAAGAAGAAAAGGCUCGUUUAGAGCAAGAAAAAUCAGAUUUUGAACUGGCCUUAAGGCUAAGUAAAGCCACAUCUUCUGAUAAUAGGUCAAAAAUUUUACUAUAACAAUAGAAGUAUGUAAAAUGCAACUACCAAAAAUUAAACUUUGUAUUAAAAUAAUAUAUUAAUUUAUUAGUUAUUUUAAACUGUAAUAGGUACAAUAUGCA